AUGUUGAAAUUCGGUUUGUUUGCCUUAAUUGGCGUCGUGUUAUUGGUGGUAUCUACGUCCGCUGAUGGAAAUGGAACAUAUUUGGAAGUCGCUGAGGAUUUGAUUCUUCAUUUUCCGCGUUAUUUAGAAGAAGCUAUUCGAUUGGAGUCAGAUCAAGAAGACCGGAAAACAAAUUCAACGGAUCGUAUUUUGUUCGGCAAAAGUCCAUGCUUUCUAGAUUUUCUCCGUAUAUUUAACGGAUUGAGGAAGAAGAAACCCUGGGCUUUUCGAGUGUUUGAUUCGUGGGGAAAACUGCCAUCAGGUAUUCUGCGUGGUAAUAUGUAUGACCUUGGCGAUUUCGAUGAAUGUUUAAAUAUUGAUAAGCCCGAACAUUUUCAUCCUCGAUAUUGCCUUGCUCGUUUAUCGAAAGAUGACCUGCUGAUGCCAAACCAAAAGAACUUCAUUCAAAGCAGAAUGAAGUCACUGGUCGAUACAAUGAGUGGCUAUGAUGGAGCGAAACCACAAACGAAAAUUGUGCCGACUACUUCGAAUAUGUUAGGGUUAAACUUUGGUAUUUGUGUUCCAAAAUCAUGUACACAAGAAAAAAUCGAGCGUUUGUUCAAGACAAUACAAAAAAGAAUCUUCCGAGACAAAGCAGUAGUGUCGAUAGUACCUAAUACAUGCCAUGUUAAAGAGGACCUCAAUUGGAAUUUAGAUGUUGCCGACUGUUUUGUUCUAGGAUUCAUUCUAUUCUUGGGAGUAAUCAUGAUCUCAUCGACGAUAUAUGAUUUGGCUAAAACCAGAAGAGACGAGGAAAAGAUGCCAGUUCUCAUUGCAUUUUCAAUUUACACAAAUGGCCGAAAACUGUUUGCAACAAAACGAUCCAGAUCGGAGCACACAAUGGAUUGUUUGAAUGGAAUUCGCGUAUUCUCAGCGCUAUGGGUGAUCUAUGCUCAUGCUCACGUUAUGACAAUGCUUGCUCCGAUAUUCAAUUUCGCAUACAUUCCAGAGUGGGCAUCACAUUAUUCGACAACCGUUCUUUUGCUUGCGCCAUUUUCAGUGGACACCUUUCUCUUUCUAUCUGGCCUUUUGGUUACAUGGUCAAUGCUAAAACAUUUGAAUAAAACAGAUGGCAAAGCAAAUUACCUUAUGAUAUACGUUCAUCGAUACCUGCGUCUAACACCGCUAUUAGCCGUUAUCAUAAUCAUCAGUUUGACUCUGUUCAGAAGGAUCGGAAGCGGCCCACUUUGGUGGUCAUACAUUUUAAAUGCUAUCAACUGCGAUAAGUAUUGGUGGUCAUCACUAUUGUAUAUCCAAAAUUAUUAUAAUCCCGAUGUAAUCUGUUUGUCACACACCUGGUAUUUAUCAGUGGAUAUGCAAUUGUUUUUGUUCGCACCAUUGAUAGGCUAUUUGCUGUAUCAUUUUGGAUACUUUAUGAUUGCGAUCAUUUGCGUUUUGAUUGGCGUUUGUGUGGGUUGGACGUAUUGGCUCUACGUGCACUUUGAACUGGUCAAUCAAGUUUUGAAUGUAAAAAAUGAUAUUCAUGAAACAUUUAUUUUAACAUACUAUCCAACACAUAUUCGUAUGUCACCUUGGCUCGUCGGUGUUAUGUUUGGUUAUUUCAUAUUCAAAAUACAUGGAAGAAGAGAGCGAUGGCAUGCGAUUCGUGUUUUGGUUCAUUGGGUCGUAUCGGCUGCUAUUUUUGGUGUUCUCGCCUAUUAUACGUAUGAAUUGCAGCAAAUGGAUCACAAAGGCACUCCAAUGGAGUCGGCCAUUUAUACACCAGUCAGUCGUGUUCUUUGGAGUUUCUUCUUGUGUUUGGUGAUUUAUGCCUGCGUCAAAGGCUACGGUGGCCCGGUCAACUGGUUCCUAUCGCUUCAAUUUUGGCAACCAUUUGCACGAUUAACGUAUGCCAUUUAUUUGGUGCAUAUGCCUAUCAUGUUGAUGACUGCCGCAAGCACACACAGGCCAUUGAUCUUCUCUGGCCGAACCAUUCUUUUCAAAUUCUUUGGUGAUAUCAUUGCUGCUACAUUAUUGAGUAUAAUUGCAUCGCUCGCGUUGGAAUCACCAAUUGUUGUUCUUGAGAAACUCAUGUUCGGUCCGAAGAAAAAUUUGAAUUUAAUGCCAACAACUAGCACACAAGCGCCAACAGCACCUGAAACAUCAUCGUAAGUCAAAACCACAGGGAAAAACUAUGCCAAACAAAUUUUUAUUCUAUAUUUAGGUUUAUUCCAUGUCAAAAUAAAAGAAAAAUAAACCAAAGAAAAUUAAAAAAAAAAUAAAUAAAUAAACAAAAA